CGGUCUCGUGAAUCAUCGGCAUCUUUCGACGUUUUCCGGUGAUCUCUAACGGUUAGCUAGCCCUAGCCAAGCUGAUUAGCCCAGCUACUACCAGCUAAUGUUUGUAGGAUAUAUUACUGGCAGCUGAAUUGGAGUGGAUGAUACAAAUAGAGUAGAAAAAUGGCGGACGAUGAGGGACAAGUAAUCUGUGCAUCUGUCCCUCCGUUGCCUCGCCCUUCGUCACGUAAUGGCUCCAGUAGCGGUAACGUUACACCGGGCACCGGGGACAGCUGCCAGACGGCAACCACCGUAACUUCAGGCCCACGGCUAGUCCGAAUAGUGAAGUCUGACUCGGGCUAUGGCUUCAAUGUCCGGGGACAAGUUAGCGAAGGCGGGCAACUGCGGAGCAUUAACGGGGAACUGUACGCUCCUCUGCAGCAUGUUAGCGCUGUCUUACCGGGAGGAGCUGCCGACAGAGCCGGUAUCUCGAAGGGAGACCGGAUACUAGAGGUUAACAGUGUGAAUGUAGAGGGAGCAACCCACAAGCAGGUGGUGGACCUGAUUCGGGCUGGAGAGAGGGAGCUGGUGCUGGCUGUGCUGUCGGUCCCGCCACAGGAGGCCGACUGCCUGGAUCCCGGAGACGACAUUUCAGCUCAGUCCUGCUAUGACUACUCGGACAAGCAGGCCGUCCCGAUCUCUGUGCCGAGCUACAAACAUACCGAGCUCAACCAGGAAAAGUUUGUGGUAUAUAAUGUGUACAUGGCAGGCAGGCAGCUGUGCUCAAAGCGUUACCGCGAGUUUGUCGUCCUUCACCAAAACCUGAAGAGGGAGUUCGCCAGCUUUACAUUCCCCAAGCUGCCUGGGAAAUGGCCUUUUUCCCUGUCGGAGCAGCAGCUGGACGCACGGCGCAGAGGCCUAGAAGAAUACCUAGAGAAAGUGUGCUCUGUGCGGGUAAUUGGAGAAAGUGAAAUCAUGCAGGAGUUCUUGUCUGAGUCAGAUGAGAACUAUAACGGCGUGUCAGAUGUGGAGCUGAGAAUAGCCAUGCCUGAUAAAAUCACGCUCACUGUCAGAGUUCGCAAAAACUCCACCACAGACCAGGUCUACCAGGCUGUGGUUAUGAAACUUGGGAUGGACAGUGUAACAGCCAGCUACUUUGCUUUGUUUGAGGUCAUCAACCACACUUUCGUACGUAAGCUCGCCCCCAAUGAAUUCCCCCACAAACUGUAUGUACAGAACUAUACCUCAGCCAUCCCAGGAACCUGCCUCACCCUGCGCAAGUGGCUCUUCACUACAGAGGAAGAGAUUCUGCUCAAUGACAACCAGUUGGCUGUCAACUACUUUUUUCACCAGGCUGUGGACGAUGUGAAGAAAGGCUUCAUCAAAGCAGAGCAGAAGUCCUACCAGCUGCAGAAGCUGGCUGAACAGAAGAAGAUGUCAAUGUACCUGAGCUUGUUGCGGAGUUGCGAGGGCUACAAUGAGAUCAUGUUCCCCCACUGUUCCUGCGACUCCAGACGUAAAGGCCACGUGAUCACAGCCAUCAGCAUUCAUCACUUUAAGCUGCACGCUUGCACCGAGGAAGGGACACUCGAGAACCAGGUGAUUGCAUUCGACUGGGGGGAGAUGCAGAGGUGGGACACGGAUGAAGAGGGCAUGGCCUUCUGCUUUGAGUACGCACGAGGGGAGAAAAAACCCCGCUGGGUCAAGAUUUUUACCCCCUAUUUCAACUACAUGCAUGAGUGCUUUGAGAGAGUCUUCUGUGAGCUGAAGUGGAGGAAGGAGGUGGAGGAGGAGGCUACAGACAAGGACAAUAAGAACUGCAGUAAAGAUGGUAUGUGUGGCAAGAAUAUUUUCCAGCUCCUGAGGCACAGAAGGGAUGGAGGCACCUAGGAAGGGAGAUCGUUACCUCUUAACUUAGACACCGUUGUCACCGACUCUGCUCAGUCCGGCCCUCAUCUAGCCACCCAGCUCCUAGCUACAUGGUCGUCAUUUACACUCCCAUCAGCUGCAACCUGAGAACCCCCCCCCCCACCCACCCACCCACCCACCCAGUACACGCAAACCAACAAGCAUCGGCAAAUGAACAAACGGGAUAAGAAGCGGCAUAAGAAGCUUAAGACACAUGAACUGGAGCUCUUGAAUCGAGCACAUCAUAAUCACACAUUUAGCAGAGCUCUGUAAAAGAAACUAUAGACUUAUAUCUAUAGACUUAUGGAUUAAUUUAAGCCAUCCUCCUUUUGGCAGCGACUUGAAGUGGAAUGUUACUCGCACACGAGGAGGUUUUGCGCCAACUCUGAAGUUGUUCUACCUGUAAGGAAAACGCUGAAUUGAAUAAGUAGAUAUUGCUGUACUGAUAAGGGAAACUGAGAGCUGUAAAAACAAUGAUCAGGGAUACUGAAGGUUUGACCACAGGAAAGACACUAAGCUUCUGAAUUUAUGGAACAAGCAGCAGUGUCUUUUUGGCCAGGUGUUAGCGUGCCGAUUGUGUUAUGCAUGUGAACAAUGCGUGCAGCAGGGCCCCUGAUUGCAAGGGGCCAACUAGAGCGAGGGCCUCAGAAUGUAGGUGUCACCUUGAUUAUUUCAUAUUAUGCAUUUUCUUGCGUUGCCGCUAAUUUUUUCGCAUUUGUAAAUGAAAGCUAUUAACAUUUUAAUGUGGCAAAUAGAGAAGGGAGAGAGAAAGGGAAUAUUUUGUAGGAUAUAUGUUAGACACAUUUUCUCAGUCUGACAACACAGCUCUGCUCAUUGGGAACAUGAGCAGAAACAUGUUAAAUGUUGCACUUUAUCCAACAGUAUUAACAACCUCCACACACGGGACAUGUAACUGAAGAAGCAGAACCGUGUGAAUAACACUACAACUAGCCUGUGCUUUGUAUGCAUUGAUUUUUCUGACUGUUUGACCACAGUAUGAUUACGUGCUGCAUCAUCAAAAAGUACAUGCUGCGUUCAGAGCCAUGCAUUAAACUUUUACGUAUAUAUAGUAUUAUAUGAACAAUGUGCUUUUCUGCAGCAGCGAUGUGGCGCACUGAUCAGACAAGUGGCCGCUUAGCUCCAGUGGGUUUUAAGUGUGUUACCAAAACAAGUCAGCAGGGGUCCCUCUCAUCCUUUUUGCUCUGCUCCAGCUAGUGAUUACUUUGUUUCUGAGAGCUCCCACAGGAUUUAUAACAAGCCUGUUAAUUCGAACUGCAGCUCUAUUUAUCUCUGCAGCUGGUCCUCUACUACACUGUUCUAUCACUCGGGCACUCCGGGUUAAGUGGAGAGAGGGUUUCUUAGGAAAAAAGGGGCAGCUUGCACCAUUCAUCAACAUGAUAGAUAUGAAGAUUAAGUGUGCACAUUCACUGCAGGCUGCGUAGCAACAGCAGUGUAAUAUAAUAAACAGUGUCAUUAAAUGUCCCUCUGAAGGAGCCCAGUUCAUGUUCUCGUUCCUGGAAUAAUGUCAGCGUAAUAGCAAUGUGAUGUUAUAUUAGUUAAAACAUAAUCAUCUAAUGAUCAUGCACUUCUCUCAGACAAAUUAAAAAUGAACCACAGCUUAUUACAUCAUUAAAACUCUCACUUUAUUCAUCAAAUAAAAAGUAGCUUUGUUUGUAAAACUGACUAAUUUAGAAAGAUAUUUUGAAAGUUUUCACUUCAUUUAAAGUUGUUUAGAAUCUGUCUAGUUGCGACUAGUUUCUUCGAAAUAAACCGCUGCCUUUGGUUUGAUGAUUUAUUAUCAUGAGAGUAUGAAUGUUUCUCAAAAUGAUGGUGACUAAAACAUGGCUCAUUCUUGCAGAAUCACAUGUUGGAUAAUUAAACUAAUUAAACUCAAAGCAACAAACAAACCAAAAAAUCAUUUGAACCCUCAAUUGAUCCCAUUAAAUGUCAGUAAACCAUAAAAUUCAUUAAUCCAAGUCAUUAGUCCUAUAAAGCUAACACUGAAAAUAUCAGUAUUUCUGAGGAUCUUCAAACAAGUAAAGAGUCAUAGAUUGACUUCAUUCCUACUGAGAGGACUUGUAAUGGUGGUGCUUUUCACAGAGGCCAUUUCAAUGGAUUAAUGGACUUCAGCAGACCUCUGUGAGGGUGUAAAGAAGGUUUAAUUGAUUGUGGUUGAGGUUUGAAUUGACGGAUUGGAUGUGUAAUCCUGCAGAACAGAUUUCCCAGGAUUCUUGUCUGUGUACCGGACCAUGUCUGAUAUGUUCGAUUGUCUGAUCCGCCCGCCUUCAAGUGAAGAACCCCCCCCCCCGCUUCUCUCUCUCUCUUUCUCGUUCUCUCUUGUCCAGACUUAAGUGAAGUGUCACUAACGUUAUUUAUUUCCGUAAGAUAAAAUGUUGAAUUCAGCGUCUCUGUUGUUAUGUUUUUCACCUGAUAUGCUUUGGCUUUCAAAGAGUGGCACUAAGAAAUGGACGGCCAUAGACAACUUGAAGAUCCUCUGACGUGUUGAAAUGUAAAAUUUAAGACAAACUGUUUGGUUACGUCGCUUACUGUAACAAAUUGUAACAUAUUCUUUUAAAUAAACCAAUUUAUUGAUGCAAA